AUGAACAGCAGCAGCAGCAGCUGGAGCCAGCCGCCUGCAGCAGCAGCAGCAGCAGCAGCUGGCGAGCAGCAGCAGUCCUCCUCAGCGCACGAGCCUCUGUCUGCUGCACUUCUAGAAGACACAGCAAAACGCAUGCAGCAUGCAGACUCCUUCUGGGGGCAACUGGAGGCAGCAGCAGCAGCAGAUGUGGGGCCACAGAGAGCGAAACGCAGCAGCAGUAGAUUUACUGCAGCUGCAGCGCGAGCAGCAAAAGCUGCAGCAGCAGCUGCUGCUGUGCAUUCAGCGCCAGAACCGGAAGCACCGCGAAAGCGGCUGCAGAGAUACUCUCCGCCAUGCAGCAGCAGCAGCAAACGAAACGGCGAGGGUGCAGCACCUAAGCCAGCAGCAGCAGCAGUUGCUGCUGCUGCUGCUGCUGUUCUUGCCGCAGCGCGCCGCGGACGGACAGCGUCGGGCUCUUCUGCUGCAGCAGCAACUGCAGCAGCAACAGCAGCAACUGCAGCAGCUCCCCAGUACGUAAGCCAAAAAGUUAAAAAGGCGAGGUAA